AUGAAGAUGUUGCAGUUGGGCUGUCUAUGUUUUCAGGGAAAGACCAGUAGAAGAACAGAAGCAGUCAUCGCCAAGGAUUCACUCCUGAAAGAACUGUCAGAACACCACCACCGUAACGAAACAGUCCUCUAUCAGAAACAUCGGGAAGAAAUCAAACAUUCUGGCCUCAGCUCUCGUUUAACAGCACCCCAUCAGACCUUACAUUUUCUGGAAGAAAUCCCAGACCAGUUGUCAAUUUGUGGUGCUGGUUUUCAGAUCCCAGACUCUGACUUCACUGAACAAGAAAAACCACAUUGUCAGGAAGUCAAGCUUUCUCCAGACUCUCUAACUCAAAUACUACAAGCUUCUGCAGUGAAGAUAGUAAAGCUGGAAGCUCUGAGGCAAGCAUGUCUGUACAGAGUCCUGGAUCUCUACAACAACCUUCAGAUUCUGACUUGGCCAGAAAGCGUGACCAGGAUCCUGAACAGCUUUGACUACAAAACUAAUGGUGAAAGAGUAGCUCAGGAGGUUGCUCAGAGUAAAGAGAAACAGCAAAUGGCAAGAGCUCUGGCUUUCCUCCAGAAGCAUCAUCAGGAAGGGGAUUUGCUUGUUGGUUUAAAGGAAGAGUCAGAAGCUGUGCUGAGAAACAUGCAGGCAGAAUUUAGACUGGAACUUCACACACAGACGGAAGAAAAGGUACAUCAGCUGAAGCAUUCGUAUUUUCAUUUGCUAACAGAGAUACAAGCCAAAGAAAUGCAAGUGAUCCAAGGGACUGAAGGAGAAGAAUUAGGGAAUUUGGUGGCAUAUUUCAUCCUAUCUCAGAGACACCUGCGGCAAACAGUCGUAAUGCUGCAAGAUUGCUACAGGCUCCAGAAGGCUACACUGAGGUCCCAAAGGGAGGGCACUGGCCUGGAACAGCUUGCUGUAGAAGAGUUAUCAAUCGAUGAUGACCUGUGGGGCACGUUGUAUCUGCUGAAGAACAACACCGAGUAUACGUUGUUAGUGCUUGAAUAUAUACAAGCUGUAAGAUUAUUACAGCUGAGGGAAGCACAGUUUAAGGAAAUAGGCAGAAGCCUAAAAGGCUACCUGCAGGAGAAGUUUUUGAAUGAAGCUAACAACAUAACCAAUGAACUGAAAAACUUCAGAGAGCAGAAAAUUAGAAGGCUGAAGGAUCAACUGAAACUCUUCCUGGGAAAUAAAAGAACGAAGAAUAUUUCAAGUAACUUUGAUCCACUGCAGAACUUCAUGAAUAUAUGCAGUGAAACAAAAGGGAAGGAUUUUCAUCCAGAUCUGGAAAAGCUGAGAAUGAGAUCUGAAGAGGAAAGAAAGAUGCAGCAAACCAACAGUCCUCCGUUGUCCAUCACCAAGUCUUUCUGGAUUCCAGGGACACAUCAUAAGGCAGAUGACGAGUUCUUAGAGUUCUUGACUGAGAACAUCAAGGUGCUGAAGCAGGCAGAACACCUGAUGGCAUCCAGAAUUAUUCUUCUGAAUCCACAGUUCACAACACCUCCUCUGUAUGGUGGUAAUAAAACUAAGUAUCUAGAAACCUCUUUUCUUCUUGGUCUUCUGAAGGAUGUCAAUGAUGAGCUCCAAAGUCAUGCGGCAGCAACUGGAUUACUACAAAGCCAAAAGCUGGACAAAAGUAAACCUCAUCUCUGCUCAUUCUUACAAGAAAUGUCAGAAGAAACAGAAAAUUCUUAUCAGGGUAUACAAGAUAAGUUGAUGGAUCAAGAAGGAGAACUAAUAGUAGUUGAUUCUGCAACUCUUUCUACAAGGGAGUUUGUCAUAUAUCAGUACGGCAUCUCCAUCCUGCAAUUUCUCAGACUUCACAUUGAUGCUCCAGAAAUUAACCUGUGUGUUGCCUCCAGCAUACCUCUCUGUAAUGCUACAGGCAAUGCCUUCAGAAACUGCUACUUUUAUCAGAAUUCAGAGAACAAGCUGUUCAUUCUAAGGGAUUGCCUGGGUUCUGCUGGAAGCUUCCUCCUGCUCCUCGUGCACUGUUUAGCUCAUAUCACUGCCGCUGACUUCAACCAAGACACCAACCCAAUCUUUCUGAGGCUUUUUUAUCAGGCACUAAAGACUUGCCUUGGUGAAAUGUUCUCUCUUAGACUCCAGCUGUCAACAGUUCUCCAGGGUGAAAAAUCCUCUGGGAUAUCUCAGAUGUUACUAAAGGAAGAACCAUUCUCCAAGGAAGAAAUAACUUUGAUCUCACAACUUUUUGAGGUAAAAGCAAAAAGCUUCACAGGGAUGGAAGCCUUUGAGAAGGUAAUAAAAAAGGUCAUGAGUCCUGGUCUGGCUGAAAACUCACCAUCCUUAUUCUGA